AUGGGAGUCCUGAGCCUCGGCCAGGUGCUGAGUCUCUUGGAAAGUGAAACCAAAAUGCUAAAAACACACACAAUGCCUGCCUCAGCAGCCAAGGAGGAAGAACCAGAACCUGGUGACUUGAUAGAAAUCUUCCGUGGUCGCUAUCAGCACUGGACUGUGUACAUUGGUGGUGGCUACAUUGUUCACUUGGUUUCCAACUCAGAAAUACACAGUUUAGGAGUUUCAUCAACUGUGUUGGGAGGUUCUGUGAGUGGCCAAGUCAAGAAAGAAAAACUCAAAGAUGUGGUCAACAAAGAUGAUUGGAAAAUAAGUAACAUACACGACAACAAGUGGGACCCCAGGCCAAAGCAGGAAAUUGUGAAAGAAGCCCUUUCGAUGGUGGGUAAGGAUAUGGAGUACAGUGUUACCGAAUUGAACUGUGAGCACUUCGCCACCGAGCGCCGUUAUGGCAAAGCCCUGUCUCUUCAGGUGCUGAAGGCUGCAGAGGCUGUAGUUAGAGUGGGAGCUGCUACUAUUCUAGAUUCCACUGCUUCAGGAGACAUGUCAUCAAGUCCCUCAGUGCAAUACUCUCCUUAAACUUAUUCCUCCAUCAGCACUGUUUCCUGGACUCCUCCCGGCCCGCUUUUCCCCAUCAGCCUUGUUAGC